AUGGCUAAACUUGAAAAACAGAUAGGGAAUCGGUUGAACAACUUCGAACGAGUUGUGGGAAAGGUGGCCGAGGCUGUAAAUGUUAACGCCAAGAUGUAUACGUCUCACGACCACCCAUUCACAGAGAACAUCAUUCGGGUACCACUGCCCGAUAAAUACAAGCCACCGCCUAUCCCAUUGUACGACGGAAGAAGUGACCCAGAUGACCACUUGGAAGUCUACACGGGGCACAUGGUCCUACACGGGUACCCCGAGGAGGUCAUGUGCUGCGCGUUCAAACAUCAUCUCUCUGACUCUGCCAGGAGAUGGUUCAGGUCCUUAAAGCCGAACUUAAUAACCAGCUGGGAUGACUUGAAGAACGCCUUCCUGACUCAGUUCAUAGGUGUCAAGAAGUACAUCCCACCAAAACAUAACCUCUCGAGAGUGUAUCAGGGACCAAACGAGUCCCUAAAAGAUUGGAUAGCCCGGUUUGGGGAACAGGUGGCUGCCACCGAAAGGAUCUCCGACGAGGUAGCCUUGAUGGGGGCCUUGUCAAGCAUAAAGAAGGACAUCACAUACAACACAGACCUCAACCGGAGGCCACCCCAAACCUACCAAGAAUUCAUGGCAAGGGCCCAGGGAUUCAUUAACGCAGAAGAGACCAAAAAGGCCUUAAAGAGCAAAGUGGUGGUUCCCACCAAAGAAGAGGUGGGACAGUCGAGCCAGCAAAGCAACAAUAAGAAGCGCCAAGGUAAUCCUCAGGUGCAAGUUGAGCUGAGGUACAACCCGGCCCCAAACAACAGGGACGUCAAUGCCUCGACGGGGCAGGGGGACACCAAGCGGGCCAAGCCACAGAAGUAUGACACCUACACCCUAUUAACCAUAGGGAUUGAGGACGUCUAUCAUGAGAUCAAUCACCUCCAGGUACUGCGUUGUCCGCCGCCGCUAAAGUCCGACCCAGCGCGGAGAAACCAAAAUAAGUAUUGCAGGUUUCACGGCGAUAGUGGACACAUGACCAGCGAGUGUUUCGACCUAAAGGAUGAGGUCGAGAGGUUGAUACCUAAGGGAUGGGGCAACAGUAAUCAGAGGAACAACGAUCGACGGGAGGAUCAAAGGCAAUUCCAGCCCCCCGAGCCCGUCGGCGUGAUAAGGAUGAUCUUUGGAGGGCCCUACCUCGGCGGCGCCUCUCGCCGUGCACAGAAGGAAUAUGCGAGAGAAGCGAAGGAAAAAUUCAACCGGAGGAUUAUGAGUGUGUCCGGUAAGGAGUCAAAGGCCGCGAAGUUUGAAGAGGCUGAGAUAACAUUUUCAUAA